AUGGUAGAUGUGGAACAAAAAAGUAAAGAGGUUGAGUAUGUUGACCCAUCAGUGAAUAGAGUGCCUAAUUAUGAGGUAUCUGAAAAGGCAUUUCUUUUGACACAACAAAAAGUUAGUAUGGAACAGCGUAGAGAAGCAGCAGAUUUCGUUUUAGCUAAGAUUAAGGAGGAAGAAAUGGCCCCUUAUUACAAGUACCUUUGUGAGGAUUAUCUCGUUAAAAAUGGCGAAUCUGAUUUAGACCACGAUGAAAAGUCAGGUUCUUCUAGCGAAUGGAUCAGAUUUGACCAGCAGUUAUACGAUGAGCUGCGCAAAAAAAAUGAAAGUAAGAUUAAAGAAUUGAAUGAAAAGAUUCAGAAAUUGGAGGAAGACGAUGAAGGUGAGCUAGAACAAGCCCAAGCAUGGAUUAAUUUGGGUGAAUACUACGCACAAAUUGGUGACAAAGAUAAUGCUGAAAAAACGUUAGGGAAAUCACUAUCAAAGGCUAUUUCCACUGGGGCAAAAAUUGAUGUUAUGUUGACAAUUGCAAGGUUAGGGUUCUUUUAUAAUGAUCAACUUUAUGUCAAGGAAAAAUUGGAGGCAGUCAAUUCAAUGAUUGAAAAAGGUGGUGAUUGGGAGAGAAGAAACAGAUAUAAAACAUACUACGGUAUCCACUGUUUGGCUGUAAGAAACUUUAAGGAGGCGGCAAAGUUGUUGGUCGAUUCUUUAGCAACUUUCACGUCCAUUGAAUUAACUUCAUAUGAAAGUAUUGCAACAUAUGCAUCGGUUACAGGUUUGUUUACGCUAGAAAGGACAGACCUAAAAUCCAAAGUGAUUGAUUCUCCAGAAUUGUUAUCCUUAAUCUCAACAACCGCCGCUCUACAAUCCAUCUCAUCCUUAACAAUUUCUCUCUAUGCGUCAGAUUAUGCGAGUUACUUUCCCUAUCUUUUGGAAACAUAUGAUAAUGUUUUGAUUCCAUGUAAAUAUUUGAACAAGCACGCCGAUUUCUUUGUCAGAGAAAUGAGAAGAAAGGUUUAUGCACAGUUAUUGGAUUCGUAUAAGACUCUGUCUUUAAAAUCUAUGGCCAGUGCGUUUGGUGUUUCUGUUGCAUUUUUGGACAACGAUCUAGGUAAGUUUAUUCCAAAUAAGCAACUGAAUUGCGUUAUUGAUAGAGUGAAUGGGAUCGUGGAGACCAAUAGGCCUGAUAACAAGAAUGCUCAAUACCAUUUGCUAGUUAAACAAGGUGACGGCUUAUUAACAAAACUACAAAAAUAUGGUGCAGCAGUGAGAUUGACCGGAUCGGACCGUAUUUGA